UCAACUUGGACGCGUUCAAUCCGCCUGGAACUGAAAGCUGUCAUGUGUGGAAACAGCUAGAAGAUGGUUGAGGACUGUGGAGUCCUUUACUCUGCUGCUAUAAAUAUACCUACUUCGGACCCAACCGCAAAGCCAGUGUUCUCCCCAAGCGCCUUCUUUAGACGCUUCAAAUAAGGACUUCUAAUUCUUCCCUAUCUCCAUAGCCACUUAGGUUUUCAGCUUUCAGAAAUCAAAUUCAAACUAGUGUUUCUUUUUGCCCAUUAAUGCUCCAGCUUUAAGUUUUCUUUUUCUGGCUCUCUAGAAUCUUUUCCUCAAUUCACAAAUUUCUUCAAAUCACUCUGUUUUCAAGAUCUUAGCUAUUUUCUCCUUUUUUUGCUUUUAUCUUUUUUUUCCUAAAACCCAUUUUUGAUUCUUGAAGGAAAGGGACAAAUUUUUAGUUCUCUGUUUCCUUCAUAUUCAUUUUCUUCACGAUUCUUUCUGUUUCGUCUGUUUCAAACCAUAGAGAGAAUGCAGGAAAACAACGUUCCUUUUGGAUUCGCUAACACUCCCGAUGUCGGAUCCUCUUUAUCGCAACUCAUUUUGGCGGGAGGCAGCAGCACCUUAGAUUCAAUUUUCUCUCAUUGCCCUCCAGAAAACACCAUUGCCGGCCCUAUUUUUGAGCCUUUAGGCUCUUCUGUCUAUCUUCGCCAGAGAGAUCUCUUGCAAAAAUUUUGUGAAGAAAACAGAACAAAUAGGAUUACUUCGUUUUCUCGCAAUUUGUUAGCAAGCCCACUUCAAAAUUCGGUGCGGACAAGCAAUUAUUUAGCUCCAAGCAAGAAGAAACUAUACAGGGGAGUUAGGCAAAGGCAUUGGGGGAAAUGGGUCGCGGAGAUUAGACUCCCUCAGAACCGAAUGAGAGUCUGGUUAGGUACCUAUGAUACUGCAGAAGCUGCAGCUUAUGCUUAUGAUCGUGCAGCUUAUAAGCUCAGAGGCGAAUAUGCGCGAUUGAAUUUCCCAAAUGUCAAGGAUCCCAUCAAGUUGGGAUUCACAGAUUGCAAUAGAUUGAAUGCUUUGAAGAAUUCAGUGGACGCCAAGAUUCAAGCUAUUUGCCAAAAAGUGAAAAGAGAGAGGGCCAAAAAGAUUGCAGCCAAGAAGAAAAAUGUUGAUGCUAAUGAUUCUGAGGGAGAUAAAGUGGUGAAGGUAAAUUCAAAUUCAUCAUCACCAUCCUCAUCAUCUUUAUCACCUAUUGUUUUUGAUGAUAGUUGGGGUGGUGAAUUGGUGUCACCAACUGUCUCUGAGGAUGGGUUCUGGAAGUGUGAAAAUUCUUCCCCCUCUGUUUCUAGAGAUUGUCCAAUGAUGACGCCAGAGGACAUGGAUUUUGACGGCUGCUCGCUCGCAAGAAUGCCUUCUUUUGAUCCUGAGUUGAUCUGGGAGGUUCUUGCUAAUUAAGGAACCAUUUCUUUUUUAGAAUCCAGAUGGUGAGAGACAUGUCUUAUAUGCCUCUGCCUAUUCUGUUAGUUGUAAUUGUAAAUGGUAGUUUCAAUAGGACUAUCUAAGUACUGUUUCUUGUUCUUUACUUCUUGUUAUAAGUUUGGCUAGAAAUUUUAGAUAUUGUUGCUAUUUUAGGUAAAGAGUUCUCUUCUUGUUUCAAUCUUGGCCUUUAUUUUUGUAUGAAGGCGGAUGAUCAUGCUACACAUAGAUUGGUGUUGUAUGAGAAGUUUGUAGCCUUGAGUUAGUUGUUGAGUAAUUUAAAUAUUUUACUUAUUUUU